GCUCAAGCAGGGUUCCCAAAGGCGGUACAAGACGAUAGAUAAGAAGUGUCGCCCGAUUCUUGUUCUCGUCACGAAAAAUGAGGAGGUUUAUUACGAACGGGAGCGGGGAUUGAUACGAUGCAUGAGGGAGCAAGCAGCGGUAGGGCCGUGCCGUAUCAAUGAAGGGAAUGAGGAGAAGUUCAUAGUGGGAGAACCUAAUUUCCUGCUACCCCAGGCAAGGGCGCUGAUGAUAGAGUUAAUGAGGAAGAGGCAUCGCGCCUAUGCAUUCAAUGAUGAUCAGCGAGGGCGGUUGGACGUAGAUAAGAUCCCCAUGUUUAGGAUUCAUACCGUGCCGCAUGAGCCAUGGAAUUUGAGAGGGGCACGGUAUCCCAAUCCUGACGAGGAGAAAAAGGUAGUGGAUUACCUCGACGACAAGAUACGUACGCAUGUCGCCGACUACUCAAGAAAAGGCGGUGGCAAGAAUGAAGGAACAUUUCGAGAAGGAGGGUUAGUACUGGGAGUGCCAGACUAUGAUGCCACGGAGGUAAGACCAUUCGUCGUUGAAGCGGACGCUGGGCUGACUGCCUUGGGAGGAGUCCUGAUUCAAGCGGAUGUUGAAGGAAACGAGAGGCCAUUGAGGUUUGAGAGUCGGACACUCAAUACAACUGAGAGAAAUUACUCUCAAUUUAAGAAGGAGACUCUCGCUGUCCUUCAUUGCCUAAGGAUCUUCAGGAAUUAUAUCUUUGGCAGGAGGUUCAUAUUAAGGGUGGACCCGACUGCGCUCGCCUACUCAUUGAGGAAUUAUGUUCCAUCAGAUCCUACAGUCGUCAGAUGGUUGACUUAUAUCUGGAUGUUUAACUUUGAGCUGGAAAGAAUCCCUAAGAACAAGAAUAAAGCAGAUGGGUUAAGCCACAUCGACUGGGACCAGCAAAAGGAGAAGACGGUAGAGGCUGCGGCCCCGGUUGAUGGGUUCCUGGACCGAGAUGAAGACAUCUGUCUUCACAUAAAUGAAUGGUCCUUGCGAGUGCCGAAUUACGUUGGCCAUCCCAUCUGGCUUGCACCUAGGGGGUAUGAACAGAAGGCAGAGCUUGUGCUCAAGCCUUUUGAGGAAGAGGACCCAUGGGGGGGCAAGGAUGUCCAAUGGAUGAUGAAAUUGGCACUAGCAGGCACGCAUAGUCUGGUGGAGGAGGUGAGAACGAUAGAGGAGGGGUCGGACCAGGUAAUGAAGCACCAGGAGUUGAUGGGAGGAAUGUACCUCCUCGUCAAUACGCUUCUGCAGGGAAACUUUGAUCAGGAUGACGAGUUUGAGGAGGGGGAGAUCAAAGAGGCAUUCCGUGCAGAGGAGUAUGAUGGAAUCUACCUGGAGCUGGGACUUCUCCUAUCGUGUGAAAUGCGAGAUAGGGAUACACGCGAAAGGGCUCAAAAGAUGAGGCAUCUCUAUGGUCAUCUUUUUGUAAAGAGGCAAGUGGGAAACCCCAGAAGGGUUGUGUGUGGUAGAAACCAUCAGAUUGAUAUAAUAGCUACGCUUCAUGAUGGCAUUGCCGGAGGACAUCGGGGAGUUAGUGCCACGUAUGCUAAGAUAAGCGAGCUAUACUAUUGGGAUGAAAUGAUGGAGAUGGUCAGUAAGUUCUGUCGUUCCUGCGUACCUUGUCAAGAACGGUCUCCUCAGAGGCCAGGAGAGCCGCUGCAUCCAAGGUUAGAAAGGGAAGUGGGGACCGUAGUACGUCUCGACUUACUCUUCAUGCCAAUUGGGGAUCAUGGCUACAAUUAUAUCUUCGAUGCGCGUGAUAACCUUUCUGGCUUUGUACAUGGACGAGCCAUUCGUACAAAGAGCGGAUCAGUUUUGAUAAGCUACAUCGAGGAGUACUACCUGCGUUAUCCAUUUGUCAGAGAGUUCGUGAUGGAUAGAGGGUCAGAGUUUACCUGCCAGGAAGUGCAAGAGUUGUUAUCAAGGUCUCACUUUACGAAGACAGCCAUGCCGAGAGGAGGGAGGGGGACGCGGCCGCCACGGAGGCCAUUGGGAGCAUCGGGGGGUUACGAGCGGCAUGGGUCUCGCCAUAGGGAGCACACGCCCAUAUAUGACGACGGGGAUAUAGAGCUCUUCCUGGAUGAUUUUAGAGGGCAUGCGGAGCAUAUGGGGUGGACGGUGACCCAGAUGAUUGAGAGGCUGAGAGGGGCCAGCAGGUUUGAGGAGCCCAUCGCGCGGAUCCGUAGGGAGUUCAUGCACGAUCAACGCAUAUUGAGGGAUGAGUGGGCGCGGACGUUACCCCUAUGGACCAGGAAGGCGGAGAGACCAUUGGCCAGGCAGAUCAGGGAUAUGGCCCGGGACUGGGAAAGUUAUAGGGCACACCUGAGGGAGGCUUUUCGACGACCAGAGCCACCUCCGCCAAGGGUUGAGAGGCGACAAAGGAGCAAGAGGCAGAGGGACCCUGAGCCCAGAGAGGCCAUGCCAUCUCGAGGAGGACGAAAGGCACUCGCCAGGCGGGAGGAGGGGUCAGUACCUGAGGCUGAGGAGCGAGGGGCCUAUCCUGAGUGCGGACUUGGCCUGGUGGUUUUCCAACGUUAUACGGGAGAAGGAUUGAGUGGAUCUCCCCAGCGCGUGCGAGAGGAGGCACCACCAUUUGGAAGACCACUACAGGAGUUUGAGGCACAUCUAGACGUUUCACAGUGGAGAGUGUCUCCGACUAGCGAGAGGCGUGGUGAUCCGGCGGAGGGGGUACCUCGAGAGGAGGUUCGUGAGCCACAGCGAGAGACACGACAGGAUGUUGAGGGGGGGCAUGCUACGGAAGAAGUGAUAGAGGUUGAGGAGGAUACCCCACCUCAGGCGCGUGCUGCAGAGUUGGGGCCAGAGAUCGUACCAGAGAUCGCCCACGAUGGGGAGGAGCCGCGGUUGGAGGAGAUUCCAUCCCCGCCGCCAGAGGCAAUCCUUUCGCCAGAGGUGAGGAUAGAGAUGGAGCGAGAGAGGACAGGCUGGAGUAGAGAGCCCAUUUCUACGAUAGAUAGGUAUCUGGCAGCGCAUGCCCAAGAGCACCCUGACAUCGAGGAGCCCGUACCUAGGGAGCCACCACGAGAGCCUCGCCAAGCAGAGGGAAAGAUGGGGGCUGAGAUUCCGGAUAGAGCGGACCAUCGCACGAGAGGGAGAGCACCAGCAGGAGAGACCGCAGAGGAGAGGCGGGCCAAAGCUGGGAAGCGUGUGGAGGAGAUUUGGGAGGAGAGGCAGAGACUAGAGGCGGCGGGGGCGCUCCCAUAUCAGCCACCAGACACGCCACCUAAACCAUGUGGAGUCAAGGAGAUGUGGGACGAGUUUUUUGGCCAGCAUGGCGAGGGGUUGGAGACUCCAGAGAGGGCAGGAUUUGGGACAUCGAGGUCAGCGAUUGAGUACCUAGACCGUAAGAUCCGCUUCCUAGCCAAGACCUCUUUCGAUAAGUAUCUGAUGCUGGAAGUUGAGGCUGAGCUGCGCGAGCUCAGGGCUCUGACGACCAGUCAGGCAGCCACUAUCCAGGAGAUGGGACAGCAUCUUCGGGAUAUGGCAGCUAGGAGGGACCGGGAAACGCCCACUGGAGUGAUGGACUGGACCGAGAGUCGUCGCUAUGAUAUCCAGGGUGGGGCGGCGCAAGGUCUGUCGGGACAACCAUCUAUGGGAUGGACUUCUCAGGAGCCAUCUACUGGGAAGGUCAUCCUGGAGCCGGAAGAAGCGAAGGCGAAGAGGGAGGCAGAGAAAGAGGCCUUCGAGUUGAGGGCGCCUACAGAGCUUGCCACCCAGCCUGAGAUUUCUUCUGAACCAGUGUCGGAAUUCACGGCCCCACAAGCUGAAGAUAGGCCACGAACGACUGUCAGUCAGCCUGCUCUAGGGUCUGAUGAGGGGUCUAUGGAUGCGCUCCUUGAUGUGAUCGAUACCAUGCAGGAGGGAGCGAGUGUGUUCCUGCGAGAGUAGAGAACGGAGGAGUCUCGUGAGGGCGAGAUGGUGAUUGCGAUAGAGGGCGUCCAUGAGGGCAGGCCAUAGAGGCUGGAUACUCCUGAGUACAGACCUGAGGGAGUUGGGAUGCGAGUGGAGCCAAGUACUCAGAAGAUGAAUGUGAGAUCUGAGGAGCCUAUGGACGUUCCCCAGAGCUAUGAGAUGACCAAAGAGACGAAUGAGGCACCUUCGUCG